AUGUCCUCGAAGACGCGGGCGUUCGACAGCAACAAACGCAUGCCGUGGAACCAUCUCUGGGCGUGGGGCGUCUCAGCGCUGCUGUCCAGCGCACCGCUGGCAACAGGAUCCUUCGGAAGAACGGAGAGCUUUUUCUGUGGUGUCGAUAGCGGCGAUUCAUGGAACAUUGGGUCUCUCUGGCGAGCCAUAUUCUUGGUGGUGGUUCUCUUGUCUAUGGUUGUGAUCGUCUGGGCCUACGUUGAGGUGCUCAAAACGCUCGGCCGUGCGCAGAGAAACGUGUUCCGACUGUCUCUAGAAGCCACCACCAACCGCCACACGGAAGCUUCCUCCGUGAAACAACACCGAGAACAGCGGCAAAGCCCGAAAACCCAUGGCGGGGCCUCGUCAGCACCGAUCAGCGCCAUGCCGAUACCUUCUAGUGCUAUGCCAGGCGCAAGAUUGCACGUGUCUCCAGACCAACCCAAGAAAGACGUGAGCAAAAGAACAGUUGUGAAGGAGUCGCCGACGGAGCCCAAAAACAACAGCGCUGCGCGGCCGCGGCCGCCGACGUCACCGAACAAGCGACUGGAGCGCAAUAACAGCUUCUGGAAGUGGAUGUUCCCUAUAAGUACUGAAGAAAGUGCCGACGGCGAGCGCCGCGCGAACGGAUUCUCUACGCUUCCUUCGCAACAGCGCGACUAUGCCGAGCACAGCAGUAGCUCCUCUGGUUCUUCGUGGCCCUUCACGCGCAGCAACAGCAACGUCAGCGUCAAGAAUUGGCUGUGGAGUACCUCCCGCGAUGUGGGGUUCUACGGCGAUGACGACCCCCUCUACGAGUCGUCGUCAGAGGGAGAGGAAUGCAAGAGCGUCGUUUGGCUAAAUGGCAUGGCGGCGCCAGUCAACCGGAGACUCUCCCUUGGAGCCGUGGCUGGCGGACCCAUACCAACAUCCCCGGAACGUCUGCCGGUGUUAAGGGAGACCGAACGAGGGAACGAUGCCGGGCUGCCGGGCGUCGUCUCUGAGGUUAUGCGGGACGCUGAUGGUGCCAUCCACGACAGUAACAACUCUACGCGUACGGCCAUGAUAAAAUGGGAGCAGGUGCUCGGGAGACCGAGAGCCAUCGCCGGAAAGAAGUGUCCAUCCUCAGGGAAUGCUAGCAGCGAGAGCACGGAGGCGGCAGAAAGCCACGGAGUCAACACUGGCAGCCUAGCCAAAGCGGCCAUGAUGGCGAUGCCGCAAGUGCCCAUGAAGUCACGCUUCGCCAAUGGGGUCGUCACCGCAAGGGGUUUCGUCAGCAGGAUGUCGAGCAUGGACACAGACUUCGGAGAUACUGCGUGUGGAACGGCUCGCACCCGUAGUAGACUCACCGAAACCGAAAAGGGGGAGAGGGUUAGCGCAACAUCUUCAACAGCAGUACCAUUGGGUGCGCACGGUGGGAGGUCGCAGCACGUGUUGACGACUCACACACCGGAGAUGGACAUGGACAGGUUCAUCUCGCGUAUCAAGUGGUACCCAGUGAUCUUCGUGCUUUGCUGGAUGUUCACGCUGGUCAACGGGAUCUACACACUAGCGGUGGGGCAAGCCAACGCCAGCUUCUUCUUGCUUCUCCUGGCUACACUCACAUCGAGACUUCAGGGUUUGCUGAAUUUCAUCUGCUACGGCCUCAACGACAAACUCAAGCAGGCGUGGUUACAGGACUUUCUGUACCGGAGGGCUGUGGCCUCUUGCUGCCGUGCACUCUGGUGCUGCUGCUUCAGCCCCUGCUACGGGAACGACGAUGGUGACGAUGAAGCUGAUCAAGCAAGCCAACCAAACUCCGUGCUAGAUAGCCCCCGCGCAUCGAACGGCCUCAACGAUGUCGCUCUCGUCGCCGAUGAGAUGGAGAAGGGAACUGCGGUGGAGCCGGCAUCUACACCUACACCCAAUCCUCCAUCCCCCGUCAUCAGUGAGACGCCGGCCAAAGCUGUUGUCAAGAAGACAUCGAUGGCAGCCUUUGCAACCCCGCGCCACGACUUGCGACAGGGUCAACUAGCGUUAGCCCCUGCACGGCCCGCCAGGCCUAGCCGCAAGGUUUCUUCUCCUGUGCAAAGCCGCAGCAGGAGGAGCCACGCCGCAGCUGCCGGCAGGAGAAAGAAGUCGGGGCGCUCGACGGCGAGACACUCUGUGGCGGCGGCGGGCGUGAGGCGUCAGCGGGAUGCUGUCAUGAGGCGUGCUCGGACCUCGUCACAGGGCGGUAUUGCAGUUACCGGUAACAACCUUCGUGCCAGAAAGAAGCUACAGCAACGUGACAAGGCCCGCGCAAGACGCCACGAGUUUACCCGGCAGCGGCCAAGCUACUCUGGUUCUGACAGAAAACGCCACGAAAAGACCCUCGUUUCUACUCCUGCCGCUACUACUGUAGACCUGGCGCGAAGCCUGGCGCUUCCUAUAUCGGUCUCGAUGCCGGUGAAAGUGGCACCUCAAGAAAAUUCGGCAGGACUGGGCAGCGCAGGCAUCGUCGAGAGAACCCCCCCCCCCUCCAGACCGAGAUAGGGCAGAAACAGAGGCCCUGGGAGCAGUAGGUACAGCAGGGGUUUUGCCGGCCCCUCCUCGGUCGUUCUUCUUUUCACCCGAACCCCAAGGGAUUUAGCAUGUGCGCCGCACUUCAGGCGGCCGUUCUUCUAGCGUUAUGCCAACAGCCCACAACAAGGGAGGAGCCUUGGGCCCUGACUAGGCGCGUUGCUCGCAGAUCGAAUGCGCGGUGUAGCGCCCUGCGGGGUGCGUGACAUACACACACCGGUCGGUGGUGGAAUUGUGGCGGUUGCCCCGGGUUUCAUUUUUCUCCUAAUACGAGAGGAGAGACAAGUGUAAGGGUGAGGGGGAGAGGGGCCUCUAAAGGCGGGGGAACUGCUCCAUCCAAAGAUGAUGUUUUCCACGGUGCGAAGAGGUAGAGAAACUAACGAUAUGGCGCAUGGCGAAAGAAUCGGAAGGUGUGGUUAUUUUAUGGUUGCGGGGGAAGUAUGAAACUUCGGAGGGUCUUCGCGAGAAAGCCUGCCGAGGGUGAAAACCCGUGUUUAGCCAUUUCGAGUAAACCAGACGAAUGUUGAGAGGAAAACGCAUGUCUAUAGACUAAAUGUGGCGGGAGAUGGUUUCAGUGAUAGGAUAUACCUUACCAGGGGCGAUGAAAAUGGUCGAAGAACAUACUUUUAGGGCACGUUUCCUCUAUUGUUGUGGUUUACUUUAGUUGGCCAUGCAGUCCUGGCUUUGUUCUAAGCUAUGAAGUUCCGUCGGGAACUCGAAUCAAUGGUUUUUUCGUGUGAUGCACAUGCCGUUUUCGGUUCGUUGUCGGGGAGAACCCAGGCUCGAACAGAAGUAUUGUUCCUGUAUCACCCGCUGAGAGUGAAAGAGCGACAGCAGGAUGUGAUCGUUUUAUUUAAUAGAUGGGAUCGAUGCGCGCGCUCGGGGGCCAGGGCGCUGUUUGGACCGUUUGGUGGAAUCUGCAAGCCCUUCUCGGGCUCACGAGCGUUC